AUGAUAAAGUUCAAAGUUGCUGUUGGUUUUCAAUGGGCCGUAAGCACAUCUGAAACCUCAAUGAACUUAACAGAGGCAGAAAGGGACGAACUGUUAGACAAAAAUUUGGAACUGCAAUGGCACUAUUUGAUACUGUCUGUUGUACCAAUUGUUUGCAUAAUAGGGAACUGCAUGGUGAUAGCAGCAGUUUGGACUACCCGAAGUCUUCAGACGCCAACUAACUAUUUGUUGGUCAGUCUUGCAGUUGCAGAUCUUCUGGUCGGCGUUUUCGCUAUGCCAUUUAGUAUCUAUUUGUCGGUAAAUAGCCUUCAUUGGCACUUAGGGAUUGUAUUGUGUUACAUUUACAAUGGUUUAGACGUUGGCUGUUCUACUUGCUCAAUUAUUCAUUUAGUACUAAUUAGUAUCGACAGGCUAGUUGCUGCUACUAAACCAGCUGAAUAUAAAACUGUGAAGCAUAAAAAACGGGUGUAUUAUGGCAUAUUUUUUGCAUGGAUUUCUUGCUUUGCAUUAGCUUUACCUUUAACCCUAUCAGGUGCUGGUUUCAUGUCAAAAACGAGGGAAUUUUUGGAGAGCGAACACCACUGCAAUCUUUACAGCCCUGUAUAUAUGUUUUGCAGCUCAAUUUUUGCCUUUUUUUUGCCAUGUAUGAUUAUGAUCGUUACAUAUGGAUAUAUAUUUCACACACUACGAAAACGACUACAAGCGAUACAGCUUCAAGAGAUGGCUGGCGGUCAGUUCCUAAGUUUUGGCGCUGAUGUUGGCAACAUAACCACAUCUGCAAUUCAAACAGCAAUUGGCAUAUCACCUAAAAAAACCAAAAUGAUUAGUUGGGAGAAACCGCUGCUGAAAAAAAUUGAAGAAACAGCAGCUGAACAUGCAAGUUCACUGAACGACAGCGAACGUGAACAGUUACAAACAAUCCUUGAAGCUGUUCAACCAUCAUCGUCUGACGCUGAGUUAACACAGUACGAAGAAGAUCCCGAUCGGCCACCGUCUGUUCUGCUAGAUGCAGUAACAUUGCCACCUGAAAAAGAAACAAGUUUGACUGUUACAAGUGGAGGGAGCAGUGCUACAGCAUUAGUUGUUCCAAAACCAACUUACUUGAAGAAGUCUUUGAUUGUAUUUUUAAAAAAAAUUUAUCAAAGUUUACAACAAAGUCAAUUCUUUAAAGUUUUGAUUGAAAAAUUUGAUAAAAAGUUAGUUUUCUUCAAGCUGCGGUUUAUUUCCAGCGUUGGUCGACGAUUUUCUGAAUCCAUGAAAAGUAUUUCACCUUGUGGAGCACGGCAGGACUCUCCAAAUAGCAUUCAUUCACAGAGAAGGUUUUCUUUUCAACCAAAGCGAUUGCAAAUAGAUUCAGAUGAUAGCGACAAAAAGCUGCAACCUAAUCGUCUCGCUCCUUCAGUUAGUCGAAAAAUGCGUCGUUUGUCUGAGAUGAUCUCUGAGUGGGAAAGACCCAGCCGAUCUUCGUUGUCGCAAAUGUAUAGCUAUGCAAGACGUGAAUCUGUUUACAUUGCUAGGAAAAAGCUUGCUGGUAUUAAGGACUGGGCAUUAGAUCUUCUUGCAAAGCUCAAACUUAAAAAAGGUAUGGCGAUACGACGCGAAGCUAGAGCUACCAAGCUGGUUGCUGCAGUAAUGGCGGUAUUUUUGAUCUGUUGGUUGCCGUUUUUUACGUUGAAUAUGAUCAAAGUGUAUAAAUUAUUUUACAAUAACUGGCCAGAACAUUUGGAAAUUUGGUUUCACUGGGCUACAGCACUUGGCUACUUAAACUCGUCAUUAAAUUUUUUUAUUUAUUCUGCAAUCAAUCAAAAAUUCCGAUCAAGUUUUCGCCGUCUUAUCCGUUAUAAACGUUCAAAGCGAAAUAAAACUCGAUGGAUGAUGCCACCACCAAAGGAAACUAAAACUAACCAUAACAAAUACUGUGGCUGUAGUCCUCUUUAUAAGAUCAGGAAAGCUUCUUUACGUAAUACAAGUGCAACAAGGUUCCCACUAAAACCGCGUUUGUCGCUUAAAAAACCAGAAAUUAUUAUACAGGAAGUAACAAAUUCUUUAAAUCAAGUAUCUAUUUCAGGUGGCGGCAUUACGACAAUAAGAAGGUCUUCCGACGACGUCUUACGCCGAUCACCAUCAGAAAUCAUUGGUGGAUUUACUCCAAAAGAGGGAUUGGCGUCAAGACGUGGCUCAGGCAUGAGCAACAGUUCUGCAUCAUUACAACUGCAUGAACUUCAUCAGGCCACAGUUGAUGUUUAUGAACAAAUUUUCAAAAGUAAACUCGUUGAAAUGACGGCUUUUGUUGUUUUGCUUUUUUGUUCAACUUCACUUUUUUUACUUCUCAUAAGAAGUUUUUUUUACUAAAA